CAUCGCUGACGUCGACGUCAUCAAACCCCCUGUUGUGCUUUACGCUACGAGCAAGCGUGAGUGCAACAAGGAGGGCAGCCCGAGGGCAACUUUUCCGGUGAAACGUCACAAAAAUAGCCUUUGGUGUUGCUCGAAAAUGCGGCAGAUAACGACGGAAAGAGCCGAACAAGAUUCUCAGCGGACGUCGAAAGAAAACGACACCGGUGAGACGACCGUAACCGGCAUGGAAGGACAGGCCGUCCCCGAUCCUAAACAGGAACCGGGCGACAACAACGACAGCAGGAAAGCGGAGACCAGCGGAGUGAGUGGCCGCGAUGCGGCGGAGGAGCACGGAGACGCCCCGUCCCCCGUCCCCGACCAAGAAACCGCUCCGCGUACCGAAAAGUCGGCUGUUGGCGAAAGGGCCCCGAACCUCGAACUGUGUGAAGCCGCGAAAAGUCCCGCACAGGGCAGCUUGGCAAGUAGCACCGAUUUCGCACAAGAGGGCUCCCGGGUGCUGAAACAAGAACAAAGAGAGGGGGGGAACGCGUCCGCCUCACCGCCUGCUGACCACACAAAGACCGCGGACAAGCCUGAGCACGGCAUCAAGAGACGGGCCAGCACGGAGCUCACCUCGUCGGACGGAGAGCCGCUCAGCCGGAUGGAUUCAGAAGACAGUAUCAGCUCCACUCUGAUGGACAUGGAGAGCACAGCGUCCAGCGGUCGCUCCACCCCCGCUAUGCUGAACGGUCACACGGGUGGAGUAGCAGGGAGUGGUUCACUGGUGGCAGGGGGCAAAUCUCUGAGCUACACCUGCUGCUGGGAUCACUGCCAGCUGCUGUUUCCCAGCAGCCCUGACCUGGCUGAGCACAUCAGAGCAACACAUGUGGAUGGACAGAGAGGCGGGGUGUUUGUGUGUCUGUGGAAGGGCUGUAAAGUCUACAACACGCCAUCCACCAGCCAGAGCUGGCUGCAGAGACACAUGCUGACCCACAGUGGAGACAAACCUUUUAAGUGUGUAGUCGGGGGCUGCAACGCCACGUUUGCUUCCCAGGGGGGGCUCGCACGCCACGUCCCCACGCACUUCAGCUCCCAGAGCUCGUCCAAAAUGUCCAGCCAGAGUAAAGUCAAAGAGGAAUCUCCAUCCAAGGCCGGCCUCAACAAGAGGAGGAAGCUGAAGAACAAGCACAGGCGCUCGCUCCCACGACCUCACGACUUCUUUGACGCUCAGACCAUGGACGCCAUCCGCCACCGAGCCAUCCUUCUCAAUCUAGCAACACACAUCGAGAGCCUGGGUAAUGGACACAGUGUAGUCUUCCACAGCACGGUAAUCACACACAGACACACACAUAGCAAACACACAAAGUCCUGUGCAGGUGUGAUGCCAUGUUUUGUGCGUGUUCAGGUAAUUGCCAAAAGGAAGGAGGACUCUGGGAAAGUGAAGGUCCUGUUGCACUGGACACCUGAGGACAUACUGCCCGACGUGUGGGUGAACGAGAGCGACAGAGUGCAGCAGAAGACCAAGGUGGUUCAUCUGUCCAAGCUGCCCUCAGACACGGCUGUCCUCCUGGACCCGAACAUCUACAGAAUGUUCUUCUGAGCGGCUCGUGGUGACCUCGGCUGUCGCUCCCUCGUCGGUGGGACGUAGAGGGACUUGUUUGUUGUGAUUUGUGUAGCCUCCAGUGUUUUCUACAUUAGGUGCUGACUUUACUGAGUGUAUGUAAGUGUAAGUAACACAACUAGGCUGGAAACUGACAGCUGUAACUGUAGAGAGAAGCAGUCUUUGUAAAUACAGGAGAUUUGUAAUAUAUUUUUAUACUUUGGAUUUUACCUGGACUGUAGAUAGACGUCUUUUUUCUGCCAGAACAUUUUGGAUAUUUUAAAAGAGGAUAUGUUCAUCGUGCAUACACUGACACUGUUCUGUAUGAUGUCAUUAAAAUUGUCCAGUGUCCACCUAC